AUGGGCUUCCCGGCGUCACGGUUGGGGUUCCUGUGCUUGGACUCUACACUGGGAGAUCCAGCUGUCACAGUUGGGCCCAAAGUGGUUGGAUUUGCAGAAGGGCUCCCCUGUUUUACAGUGGGGCCCAAAGUUGAAGGAGCAAGGGAUGGACUGCCAGGUGUGACUGUGGGGGUUCCUGAGGUUGGGCUAUUCGUGGGAGACCCAGGUGUCACUGUAGAUACCGCUGUAGUUGGAGUCACAGUCGGGCUUCCAGCCGUUGCGGUGGGGGUUCCUGUGGCAGGACUCGCUGUCGGAGAGACGGAUGGGCUUCCCGGUGUCACGGUUGGGGUUCCUGUGCUUGGACUCAAACUGGGAGAUCAGCUGUCACAGUUGGGCCCAAAGUGGUUGGAUUUGCAGAAGGGCUCCCCUGUUUUACAGUGGGGCGCAAAGUUGAAGGAGCAAGGGAUGGACUGCCAGGUGUGACUGUGGGGGUUCCUGAGGUUGGGCUAUUCGUGGGAGACCCAGGUGUCACUGUAGGUACCGCUGUAGUUGGAGUCACAGUCGGGCUUCCAGCCGUUG